CUGUCUGUGAGGUCAGACCGGUCAGGUGAGAAGAGCCUGGAGGGAGAGUAUAAAAGAAAGAAAGCUGCGAUGGCUGGGGGGUGGUUGGCUGGAGCUGAGCAUCGCUGAGGCUGGAAGGAAUCCAGGAAUCGAAGGCGCGGCAGAAAGUAUUGCAGACGAGAAGGAGACGAGCUUCUGGCCUGAGAUGGAUCCGCCUGCCGCGACGUGGAAAUUAUUUGCUGUCAGCGUGCUGCUGCUCACGCUGUACUGUAGCAGCGCUGCAGCUGGCAGCCUAAAGGAACAUCUGGCUGACUGUCUGCAGGACAAAGACUACAAGAAGCUGCUGCACACUGUGCGGACCGGCCUCCCGCACUUAAACACAUCCCAUCGUGUCGUCAUCGUCGGAGCUGGCGUCGCCGGGCUGACGGCUGCCAAGCUGCUGCAGGACGCAGGGCACGAGGUAAUCAUAUUGGAGGCUAGUGGUCGUGUUGGAGGACGGGUGGAGACCUACAGGAAUGAAAAGGAGGGCUGGUAUGCUGAACUGGGAGCCAUGAGGAUCCCAAGUUUUCACCACAUCGUCCGCUGGUUCGCGAAGGAGCUGGGGGUCAAGCUGAAUAAAUUCAUCAUGGAUGACAGCAACACCUUUUACCUGGUUCAUGGGCUGCGGAAGAGGACGUACGCAGUGAAAGCAAACCCUGACAUCCUGAAGUAUAAACUGCCGAAAAGCGAGAGGAGGAAGUCGCCUGACCAGCUGCUACAGCAAGCUUUGCAGAAGGUGAAAGAUGAAGUGGAGGCACACGGCUGCAAAGCUGCGCUGCAGAAAUACGACCACUAUUCUCUGAAGGAGUACCUGAAAACAGAAGGUGGUCUGAGUCCAGAAGCUGUGAGGAUGAUCGGAGAUUUACUCAAUGAGCAGAGCCUCAUGCACUUGGCGCUGACUGAGAUGAUCUACCUCCAGAGCGAUGUUAGCGACAGCACCACGUACGAUGAAGUGACUGGUGGGUCAGAUCUCCUCACCAAAGCUUUUCUGACUGUCCUCAAUGUCCCCAUCCUGCUCAACUCCAAGGUCAAACGCAUCAGCCAAUCAGAUAAAGGUGUAAUUGUAUCGUAUCAGACAGGCCCCCAGUCCUCUUUGACGGACCUUUCUGCUGACGUUGUCCUGGUAACAACCACAGCCAAAGCAGCCCUCUUCAUUGACUUUGACCCACCUCUCUCCAUCAGAAAGAUGGAGGCACUGAGGGGGGUUCACUAUGACAGCUCCACGAAAAUCAUCCUCACCUUCAGUGAGAAGUUCUGGGAGAAGGACGGCAUCCGAGGUGGAAAGAGCAUCACCGACCGGCCCUCUCGUUACAUCUACUACCCCAGCCACAGCUUCCCAACAAAUAAGACCAUUGGCGUUCUGCUGGCUUCCUACACCUGGUCCGACGACUCCCUCCUCUUCCAGGGUGCGAGUGAUGAAGACCUGAAAGAGCUGGCUCUGAGAGAUUUGGCAAAGAUCCACGGUGAGGCCGUCUGGUCACUCUGCACAGGAGUGGUGGUGAAGAGGUGGAGCGUAGACCCUUACAGCUUGGGUGCCUUCGCACUCUUCACACCCUACCAACUUUUAGAGUACUCUAAGGAGCUCUUCCGAAGUGAAGGCAGGGUGCACUUUGCGGGCGAACACACGGCCUUCCCUCACGCCUGGAUCGAGACAUCCAUGAAAUCUGCAAUCAGGGCUGCUACGAACAUUAACGCAGCGGUGCACGAAGAGUCAGCUAGACCUCAACACCGUGAUGAGCUCUAGCGUCUUAAAUCCAGCACUUUUUCUUUGUGAUGGCAUUGCUUGCCUUACGAAUGAGGCCGCCAUGCAGCUCUAAUCUGGAUGAAUCCGGUUGAUUGUUGGCAGCUAAAGACGAUUUAGUGUUGUUUAUAAUCAGAUGGCACUCGGUUAAGCAGCAGCCUUAGCAACUGCUGUCACUGAUAACACGUUUAUGUCAUGGUCUUUUCUGCUUGUGUGAUCAAACAAGUGCUAAAUAAUACGAACCACUACUAUCUUCCUCUACUUUGAACUGUUUUCAACUCAUGGUGCUCAGAGCGCUCCUCCAACAUCACGAAAACACGAAAAAAUGUGAGCUGCAAAGCAAAAAAUGCUUCCUCCUGCUGUUAAAUGCAUGUCCAGCACGACUGCCCCCUCUCUAAGGGAAACUGAACUCCUGAAAACCCUCUCCUGUCAUAAAUGAUCCGUUUAGGGCAGGGGUGUCCAAACUUUUUUCACUGAGGGCCACAUACAGAAAAAUAUCGGAGGGGCUGGGCCACUUUCUGGAGGUGAGGUAUACAGCCUGACCUUUAGUGUAGUACAUGAUAACAGAAAAACUGCCUUCAUCACAGCUUUCAUAAAUGGAUGUUCAAUGAAUUAUUCAGAAAAAGUGUUGGCAGCCUCAGAUUUGUUCUUAGUCAGGAUGGUGACCCCCCACCGUACAGAGAAAGAACAAUAAAAGGGGAAAAUGGGAUAGGUACAUUUAAGCUUGUUAGUGAAGUUAUUUGGCCUUUUAACACACCUAAUAACGUUCAUUAGAAACUGUUAUCAGAAUUAACAGACUGAACUGGACUUAAUACCAGGAGUACACAUCAUUUGAGUCAGUUAUUCUGGUGAGGAUCAGCUGCGCUGGGUAUUUAAAUCGGUCGAGGCGCUGACCAUCCAGCUGCGGUGUUGAUCCGGAAAAAUGUCACUUUGAUCUCCAUCAGCUGAGAUCAGCUGAUUUUGCACAGUGUGUGCGCUCUGCAUGUUAACAAGAAACGCGCAUAUAAGAAAGCGGAGUAGUGAUAGAACUGAUUAUUAUUGAUUGGCAUUAUUGAUUUUUCACACCUGUACUGCACACUAGUUAUGUGCACGCGUGCUUAUUAACACACGGAUACUGUGGAAUAUAUUGUUAACUCAGCUGAAGUGGACUCAGUGGGAGCUGUGAUGCUGCCUUCAGCCUUCUACCUUGCAUUUCUUUGGUUCUGCCAUGUCUGGUAACCUGGGGUAAACUUGUUCUGUGAUUUUCCUUUUUUGGUGGUGCAGCUGCCUUGUUCAACACUAGCUCCCCCUGGUGUUAAAACUAAGAAGUGCAAUACACUCGGGCAAACGUUUCAAUUCUAUAAUUAUAAAAUUUCUUGCGGGCCAAUAAAAAAUUCACUGCGGGUCGUAGUUUGGACAUCCCCGGUUUAGGGACUCAUAACUUCAAGUGUCGCACACACCAGCAUCUUUCACCCUUUCACAAAUAAGUCAGGAUGCAAAUGUUGGCAAAACAUACUGAUAACAUCCAAUAAACAUGAUAAGUUCACAACAAAUGGCUCCAAUUUACAGAAAAAAUCUUUUAUUUUGGUGCUGACCAAUAAUGUGUAUAUAAAUAUAUAUAUAUGUUUAUAUAUAAAGCAGCAGGCAGUCCAUAAUAAUGAACAUUAUUGACAAACUGAAAAUACAGAAAGAAAAGAGCAGGAAAGUGACACUGAUCUGUAUCUUUAGAGCUGUGUUUGAAAAUAUAACUAAGAAGCCCAGCAUGCAUUACAAGAAACAUUCACUUUUGUUCAUCCAAAUCUGCAAUCUGUGCUCUCGAAUAAGUUCAUCUGUGCUCUCAGAUUAGUUACUUUGGACAACUCAAAAGGUGUGAUUCCUACUUUUGAUAUUUUAUUGGCCCAAAUUAAUAGUUGAUGCUCUGAAUGACAUGAUUCAGUCUCUUAAACUAGUGAAUUUGUGCACCCUGAAAUAAGGUCAUUUGUCUGCCAAAAUGGGUCGUCCAUGAAUACCUGAUCCCUUUCCUCUCACUAAGCUUUGGCUGCUAUUAUUCAUAUAUUGUGUUUGCAAAUGUGCAGUGAAAGUUGUGAUGCAAUGGCCAACUAAUGUAAAUGAACCACUUAGGUUUAAUAUUGUUUUAUGGCAUUACAGCCACACGUGGACAUACUAAAGAUUAGGUUAUGAAAUUUGUAAUGUGUGAGCGAGUCAUUGAACACAGUGGUUGAAUUGCUAAAUAAUGCACACUGGUUACUACGAGUUACUUAAUUAAAAUAAAUUUGUACACGUUGAAAUCAAAGGUAACCUCUUUGUGCAACUUGCAUCAAAAUUUUUGAGGAAGACAGUGAUGUCCAUCCAGUUGUCUUUACUCAUUGCUUUGAUGGCAACAGAGCAGAUUUCCUGCUCUGUGUAGGAACAGCAGAGGUAAAACCAAACCGCUGGGCAGAGUAAACCAGUAUCCAGAUAUCAGUACCACACGCCCAUCACUGUAGCUCAGCAGCUUUGAGUUUUCCAGAGCAAGGCAAACCAGGAACCCUACAAACCACAACCACAGCACUCCCGUUAUGGCCGCGAUGGUGUGGAAAGAUUCAAGAGUCUUUAUUGUCAUUGAGCAUGUCAAUGAAAUUUUCAUUGCAAGCCCUCAGCUUUGACUGAUCAACCCGCUCCCUGUCCCCGCCCGCCUCCCCUGGCCCUGGACGAAUCAGAACACAGAGAACACGGAGGCUGCAGAAAGAGACAACGAUAAAACAGAAGGUCAAUGUGCAGAAAAAUGGGAUGCCGAUUAAAUCGUGGCACAGAGCUAAUGCACAGUUCCAUCCGAAGAUCAGCAGCCAAACACACACGAUGCUGAUAUUUCGGAUCUUGACCCCACUUGACCGUUUCAGCCUCAGGUAGGUGACGGGGUGAACGACAGCCACAUAUCGCGCCACACAGGUCAGGGUGUUAAAGGACAUCUGGCCGAGAAAAACAGCGGCAGAAAUAAAAAAGCCUACAGCCAACACCUCUGAGAGACCACUGUGUCCACCAGACAUGUAGACGAUGCUCCCCAACGCGGAGAUGAGCUCCACGGCAGCCAGGUGGGAGGUGAAGAUGUGGGCGUGGCUCAUCGUUGCAACGGAGCGCUGCUGCCGCCGCCAUUGUUGGUGACCCAGGUAGAGGACGAGGAUGGAGGCAGGGAGAAGGAGGAAGGUCUUGGUGAUGACGUAGGCAGUGGAGAUGAUGGGUCCAGUUCUGGUGUCAGAGCAGUGGAGUACAUACUUCAAGGAUGAGGAAGAGGAGCUGACUGACGUGUUCAAGUUGUAUUUCCUUGAUGGCGAAGAGCAAGAAGACAAGAGCAAAAAUAAAUGAACUAAGACAAUGAGACAACAGUAUUUCAAUCCUGAAAACUGUUCACCUUCAUCUCAAAGAUGAUUGAAGUGACUCCUUUGUAGUUUUUGUCUGUAGUAGCAGCGGAUGUAUUUGAUGUAAUGUUGCUGAUUAUUUUGAUUUAAUGAGCAUGAAACUUGUGCGAUGCACGACCUUCACGAGCAAAACAAAUAAUGAAAAGGAAUCAAAAACAGAACUAGCCAAGUCAAACUGAGGAAAUCCUACCUCCAAAUGUUCUUGUCGCUAGUUAUAAUUAUGAGGCAGUUAACUUAAUGUCUUGUCUUUCAAACAAGUGAAUUUGACUCAUCAAGUGUACUUUUUCUUUCAUCAUUAAUAACGUCUCAUCACUAUUUCUCCACCUUCCUGGCAGACGUGAGCUUCCACAAUGAAAAAUCUAAUAAAAGCAUUUUCUUGA